GAUCAAGACUUUUCUUACGGUCCAAAACCAAUAUAGAGCCACAGUGGUCGCCAAACUUAGCCAUUCCUAGUCCUUCAAUUUCUCUGUUUUUUUAAAUUCCUCUUUUGAAGCGGUAAAUCCCAUAAACCGCCGCCUCUUAAACCCUAACCGGCGACAGAGAAAGAGAUACAGGGAGAGGGAGAGGAAGAGGAAGAAGAUUUCUCUGCUCAGACUGUGAGGAUUUGGUGAAUAGUUGGAAUCACUUCCACUGCGAAAGUGAUAGAAUAUAAUCAAACAAACAGAGAGCGAUGGAAAACGAAGUAAAGGCUGGGGAAGGAAAGAAGAGAAAACGAAAAGAUAAAGAGGUGGCAAUCUUUGGUAAUUACAGACACUACUACGGCUAUCGUGUAUGUAAAGACAUGAAGGCUGAUCCACGAUUAAUGGUGCUGAAGAAGGAAUGGUUUGAAGAUAAAGAUUGUCUUGAUAUUGGUUGUAAUCAGGGAUUGAUUACUAUUGAAAUAGCAAAGACGUUUCACUGUCGAAGUAUUCUCGGUGUUGAUAUCGAUGCAAGUUUGGUAGAAAGUGCAUACUGGAAUCUUAAGAAAAUAGACAAAAUGGAAAGUGCUGGUUGCCCAUCUCCAGAUGUCUCUGAACCAGAGCAUUUAGAAAGGACACGGGAUCUAGAGCAUCAUGAUGCAGUCUCUGCUGAAGAGGGAAAACGGGAUCAUCGAAAAAGUCUGCUGGACAUAGUGUCUUUCCAGAAACAAAAUUUUGUUGAACAUUUCCGUAAACACUCCGACGAUGAGAAGUAUGAUGCUGUAACUUGUUUCAGUGUGACAAAAUGGAUCCAUCUGAACUGGGGUGAUGAGGGGUUGAUUACUUUGUUUCGAAAUAUCUGGAGACUUCUUAGACCGGGUGGUCUUCUUGUGCUAGAGCCUCAACCAUGGAAGUCAUACAAGAGCAACUACCAGGUGUCCGAGACUGCAACAUUAAAUUACCACAGUAUUGUGUUUCAUCCAUGCUUUUUCCAAGAGAUUCUUCUUGACAAGAUCGGGUUUAGGACAGUAGAGAGCUGUACUUCCAGUUUACCUUGCAGUGCCACUGGAUUUAACAGGCCGCUCUUCGCCUUCCGAAAGUGAAUUUUGAUAAACUACUUCAAUGGAAGAUAGAAAAACUUCAAUGGGGUAAAGUUCAUAGAAUUCCUGGGUGAUGAAGUAAAAACUAACCAUAUAUUUUGACUCUAUUGUGCUAUAGGAAACCUUCUGCAGAAAGACAAGUUUACAUGUGAUGAUUCCAAUAUACAUGUACUUGUGUGUUCUUUUGUAAUUUUUGGAUGAUGCCGAUAACUGUAAAACUGUAAGUUACAGCAUGAUAAUUUAAAAUAUGUUUUGCGGUUCUA